AUUUUCAAAGCAAUAGCAGCACGCAAAGCAUUAACCCAUUCGAAUACGACAGCAGUGUGUGUAUAAAGUUAAUUAAAUCUACUGUAUAUGUGUGGUUUUUUCAAAAAACUUAUUGUCAAUUUAAUAUUAUUUUAGUUGAAAAAGUUGUAAUAUUAAUUUUAAAAAUAUGGCUCAUCAUUACGUCGUCACCGCUCACAAACCUACAGCAGUAAAUGCUUGUGUUACCGGUAACUUUACAUCUCCAACGGAUCUCAAUUUAAUACUUGCAAAAAAUAUGCGCCUGGAGAUUUAUUUAGUAACUCCAGAAGGACUACGUCCGCUCAAAGAAGUCGGAAUUUACGGCAAGAUAGCAGAGAUAAAAUUUUUUCGACCUCCUCAUGAAAAAAAAGAUCUGUUGUUCCUUUUAACCUAUCGCUACAAUGCAAUGAUAUUGGAGUGCGUGGGUACGGGUGAAGAUAUUGAAAUAAUAACAAAAGCACACGGUAAUGUAUCUGAUAGAAUAGGACGUCCAUCAGACACUGGAAUAAAAGCGGUUAUUGACCCAAAAGCACGAGUAAUUGGGUUGAGACUUUACGAUGGAUUGUUUAAAAUAAUUCCACUUGAUAAAGACAAUCCCGAGUUGAAAGCUUCCUCAAUAAGAAUGGACGAGCAGCAAGUACAGGACCUUGACUUUUUACACGGCUGUGCUAAUCCAACUUUGAUAAUAAUCCACCAAGACAUAAACGGUUGUCACGUUAAAACCCACGAAAUAUCACUGCGUGAUAAAGAAUUUGUAAAGACUCCUUGGAAACAAGAUAACGUUGAACGUGAAGCAAUGAUGGUUAUACCAGUACCAUCACCAAUAUGCGGUGCUAUUGUUAUAGGACAAGAAAGUAUUCUCUAUCAUGAUGGUACGACAUACGUUGCUGUUGUUCCUCCAAUAAUAAAAUACAGCACAAUAACAUGUUACGCACGUGUUGACGCACAAGGACUUAGAUAUUUACUUGGUGAUUUAGCUGGUCAUCUUUUUAUGUUAUUUUUAGAACAAGAAAAACGACCAGACGGUACAUCUGUCAUUAAAGAUCUUAAGGUUGAAUUGCUGGGAGAAGUUAGCAUACCCGAAUGCAUAACUUAUCUUGACAAUGGUGUUAUUUUUGUUGGCAGCAGAAUGGGUGAUUCUCAGUUAAUUAAAUUGAUAACUAAAGCUGAUGAAAAUGGUUCUUACUGUGUUGUUAUGGAAACAUUUACAAAUUUAGCGCCAAUUGUCGAUAUGGCGAUUGUUGAUCUAGAACGCCAGGGACAGGGACAAAUGGUUACGUGUUCGGGUGCUUUUAAAGAAGGUUCAUUAAGAAUUAUUAGAAAUGGUAUCGGUAUUCAAGAGCAUGCUAGUAUUGAUUUACCAGGUAUCAAAGGUAUGUGGGCACUAAAAGUUGGCGGUGGUAAUUUUGAUAAUACUUUGGUACUUUCAUUUGUCGGACAAACUAGAAUAUUGACGCUUAAUGGUGAAGAGGUUGAAGAAACUGAUAUACCAGGUUUUGUUGCUGAUGAACAGACAUUUCACACUGGCAAUGUUACUGAUGAUUUAUUUAUUCAAAUAACACCAACUUCCGCGCGUUUAAUAUCCAGUGAAUCAAAGUCUGUUGUGUCUGAAUGGGAACCAACUAAUAAACGCACAAUAAGUGUUGUUGCUUGCAAUGGUAAACAAGUACUCUGUGCUACUGGUAAUGAUUUAUUUUAUAUGGAAAUAGUUAAUGAUAAAAUAGUACCCAAAGGUUUUAGUACAUUGCAGCAUGAGGUAGCUUGUCUAGAUAUUUCGCCGUUGGAUGGCUGCAGCGAAGCUACUAUUGCCACUGUUGGAUUAUGGACGGACAUAUCUAUAAGAAUUCUCACACUGCCAGCUUUGGAAGAGAUCAACAAAGAAUUAUUAGGCGGUGAAAUAAUUCCACGGUCUGUUUUAAUGACUUGCUUUGAAGGAAAUACUUAUUUACUUUGUGCUCUUGGUGAUGGUAGUAUGUAUUACUUUACAUUACAGAAAGACACGGGCUUAUUGUCUGAUAAAAAGAAAGUAACUCUAGGUACUCAGCCAACUGUAUUGCGUACAUUUAGAUCACUAUCAACGACAAAUGUAUUUGCAUGUUCUGAUCGACCGACAGUUAUCUAUUCCUCAAAUCACAAAUUAGUCUUCAGUAAUGUUAAUCUCAAAGAAGUUAAUCACAUGUGUUCACUUAAUGCUGAAUCUUAUCCAGACAGUUUAGCACUUGCUACAGACAGUACCGUUACUAUUGGUACCAUUGAUGAAAUACAAAAAUUACAUAUUAGAACAGUACCACUUGGCGAAUCACCUAGACGUAUCACGUAUCAAGAGUCAUCACAGACAUUUGGUGUCGUCACAAUGCGUGUUGAUGUACAAGAAAGUAAUGGUGUAAGUAUUGUACGUCCGUCAGCAUCAACUCAAGCUGCAUCAACAUCAAACAGUAAUCAUGUUGUUUCUCACAACAAACCCGGACACACUUCAGCGAGUGAAAUUGGACAGGAUGUAGAAAUUCAUAAUCUUUUAAUCAUUGAUCAGCAUACUUUUGAAGUUCUUCAUGCUCACACUUUGAUACCCAACGAAUACGCGAUAUCAUUGAUAUCAACAAAAUUAGGAGAAGAUCCAACAUCGUACUUUAUUGUAGGUACUGCUCUUGUAAAUCCUGAUGAAACAGAACCUAAAAUGGGUAGAAUACUUAUGUAUCAUUGGAAUGACGGUAAAUUAACACAGGUUGCUGAAAAAGAAAUAAAGGGAGCUUGUUAUUCAUUGGUUGAAUUUAAUGGUAAACUACUUGCUAGUAUCAACAGCACCGUAAGACUGUUUGAAUGGACUGCUGAAAAAGAAUUAAGACUUGAAUGCAGUCACUUUAAUAAUAUUAUCGCGUUAUUUUUGAAGACUAAAGGUGAUUUUGUAUUGGUUGGUGAUUUGAUGAGAUCAUUUACAUUAUUACAGUACAAGACAAUGGAGGGUAGCUUUGAAGAAAUAGCAAGAGAUUAUAAUCCCAAUUGGAUGACGGCAAUUGAAAUUCUCGACGAUGAUACUUUUCUGGGAGCUGAAAAUUGUUACAAUUUAUUUGUUUGCCAGAAAGACAGUGCCGCUGCUUCAGAAGAGGAACGACAGCAGAUGCAGGAAGUAGGACAGUUUCAUCUUGGUGAUAUGGUUAAUGUUUUCCGUCAUGGCUCGCUGGUGAUGCAACAUCUUGGGGAAUCGAGUACACCCACUCAAGGCUGCGUCCUCUUUGGCACCGUCUGUGGAGCUAUUGGAUUAGUAACACAAAUACCCCCAGGAUUUUAUGAAUUCUUAAGGAAUCUCGAGGACAAAUUGACUACCGUCAUCAAGAGUGUUGGAAAAAUAGAACACAAUUUCUGGCGUAGUUUCAACACCGAAUUAAAAGUUGAGGCUUGCGAAGGUUUUGUUGAUGGCGAUUUGAUUGAAAGUUUCUUAGAUCUAAGUCAAGAUAAAAUGGCUGAAGUUGCUCUGGGUCUUACGAUUGACGAUGGCAGUGGAAUGAAGAAAGAAGCAACGGUAGACGAUUUGGUAAAAAUAGUCGAAGACUUGACAAGGAUACAUUAAAGACUCAUUUAAAUAAACUAUUUAAUUAAAAAAAA